AAGUACAAUGUCAAUCAAAAAGUCGCUUGUAUGAAAAUAAACAAAUUAAAAUACCUACGGAAUAAUUACGAUAAAAAUACAUUAUCAUGUAACUUAUUACCUCAACAUUUAGUAAAAACUUGUCCUAAAAUAAACUUGUGAGGUCGGAAGUGAAGGCCUUUGAUGCUAGUCGUUAGCAAGUUUAUAUUAUUUCAUAAUUAUAGUUAUACAAAAUGGCUGAAACAGAACAAGUGAUUAAAUCUGAAAUUAUAGAAAUAUCAGAUGAUGAGAAACAAGAACCUAAAAAAAGAAAACGUAGAGAAACAAUAAAAAAAGACCCAAUACCAUGUGACCAGUGUAACAAGAGCUUUCAGACGGGUUACGAGUUGAAAAAACAUAAACGAACACAUACUGGAGAGAGACCUUAUAUGUGUACCGCUUGUGGGAAAACUUACACCCAAUUGGGGCAUUUAAGGAUACAUGUUUUGUCCCAUAAUGGGAUAAAAAACUUUACCUGUACACAAUGUAGUGCAGCGUUUUAUAGGAAAGCAGAUUUAGAUCGUCACGAGAGAGUACAUAAUGGUGUGAAACCACAUCAGUGUGAAAUUUGCUCGAAAAGUUUUACGCAGAAGAAUAAUAUGGUUAUGCAUUUUAAAAUGCACCUCGGGGAUAAGCCUCAUAAAUGUUUAAUUUGUCCAAAAAGUUUUAUUACCAGAAGUAAAUUGACUCAGCAUUCGAAGAGACAUCAGAGAGGAAAGAUAAAAGAUUGAAUGAAAUUGUUAAGGGAAUUAUACUAAUAUUGUAAACUAGUUUUUACAAGUAUGGAAUUAAGAAAUAUU